AUGCAACCGGUUUCACAAAAUCUGCUCGCGAUCCGCCGCGACAAGGCUUUCGCAGCACAGCAGCCCGACGAAUACGAGAAAACACAAAUUAGCGAAUCUGAAGCAGUAGCGGUGCUGUUUUGGGCCCGUGAUGCUGUUCCGACUCCUUGCGUAGCGAUCAUGGAAAAAUUUAUACGACAGGAAACUCAAAAGGCAAUCCAUCCAGUUUCUCCGCCGAUGUUUGAAGUACAAUGUCGUUCCGAACUUCAUCGCCAACAAACGACUUCACGAAACAUGCGGAUUGAUGAAGGGAAGCCAGCAAAUGAAAGGAAUCGAGCAACUACUACUCCGAACAGCACUGAAGACAAAACAAGACCGAUUGUAUUCCAUGCUAUUUCGGCGUUGUCGCCUUCGUCAGAGCCUGGAAAGCUACAAGGGAAGUUCAGUAGGUUAUUGCAUCGGGAACUGAAUCAAAAACAGCCUACAAGAGUAGUAGCAGACCCUGGUAGUGCUAGCCGUAGUGAUGUUUCCGAAAAUGCAAAAUUACCGCCUCGUGUUUCGGUCAUAGGCAGUGUAUCUCUUUCUAAUAACGCGCUCUCAGUUUUGGAUAUGGGCCCAAGUUUCUCACCUGUUCAAUCGAUAGGGCCCAGGGUAGUACGAAAGAUAGUGGGCAGCCUACAAUACGUACAUGACCGUCUGCGAUAUAGAGCAAAGAUCGGAGAGGAGGAAACGGGUAGAGGAAGUAAUAUUAAUACGAAUUUCCCUGUGGUACCGUUCCCCGCAAUGAUAUUCAAACCUCAGGAUCCCCAUCCUCGAGUGGAUGCCAAGUUUCGUUUGUUCACCACAUCAGUUUUCUCGAUUCUCAAACGUUUCUCGAGAAAACAUCCUAUUUCUAAUCUCACGCCAAUGCAACGCUCUGGCCUACGUGAGAUACGCGAACUCUCAACACGUGGCGAGAUAAAGGUCACAAUCAGCGAUAAGGGAGGAGAGUUUGUGGUCAUAUCACGUGAACUAGACAUGGCUAUCACUCGAAAACAUCUGGAUGACGCUACACUCUACCACUCUUCGUCACAUGAAGAGUUCAUAAAACAGAGUCGCCGUCUCAAUAGAGUUUGGGUAGAGAUUGGAAAGGCUGCGGGGUUACAUAAAACAAUGAUCACAAAGCUGAAAUACGAACUUCCUACUUGCCCAGUUUUAUACCUGCUAAUAAAAACACACAAACUCUCUUCCUUUGCUUUCCUUUCAGAAGACCCGGAUGUAUUCAAAGUACGUCCUAUCAUAAGCAACGUAGGUGGCCCCACGGACAGAAUAUCUUGGCUUUUGAACGCUAUACUUGCACCAUUGCUCAAGUAUGUUCCCGCGCAUCUAUCCAACACCAACAUGUUCCUUGAGCAGCUUAAAAGAGCGCGUUCAGAAAAAGAAUGUGUCAUCGAAUCUUUCGAUGUCACAUCGCUUUAUACAAAUGUUUCCAACGGCGCUGCAAUGCAAGCUGUGUUCGAGCUACUCGUAGAACAUCGGGACACCUUAGACUUGCACGGGUUUUCCAUAAGGCAAAUUAUGAUGCUCCUGGAUGAAUGCUUAAAGUGCUCCAUUUUUCGUUGGGCCGGCAACUACUAUAGACAGGUCAGGGGAUUGGCCAUGGGACAAAGACUAGCUCCCACACUAGCCAUUGCAUUCAUGUCCAAAAUAGAACAACCCAUUCUGGAACGGAAACCUUUCCUGUAUUGCCGUUAUAUUGAUGACUGUUGCAUUAUAUGCCCCACUCAAGACGAGAUGGACACUUGCUUCGAGCUUCUAAACCAACAGUCCCCUUACAUACGGUUCACAAGGGAGAAACCCAAAGAAAAUUGGCUGUCCUUCCUCAAUGUGGAAAUACAGUGGUCCAAUGGUGAAUGGAAGACACGAUGGUUCCGAAAACCUAGCAGCAAAAACAUUUUAGUUCAUUGUCUUUCCGCUCACCCUUGGAAAACUAAGAAAUCUGUGGUUAAAAACAUGUUUAGGACAGCCGUAAGGGUGACAUCAGAUGUCCAGGAGCGGAUCGAUGCGAUCAACCUAGCGCAACGCAUCGCGAAUUCUAACGGUUACAUUGGUAAUGUAGCACGUAGGCCAGAUCUUGGUGCGCAGCAAGAAUAUGCCACACGGGUUGAGUCGAAUAAGAUCAAUUUCUGCCUGCCCUUCAUAACCGACGACCUGAGUAAAGCUAUACGGGCUAGUCUGGUGAAAUGCGGUCUCGAGGACCAAGUGAGAGUUGUGGAAAUACCUCCAACAAAUCUCAAAAAACAACUAGUUCGAAACAGAAUGUACGACCGCUUCUGUCUCACUCCAGACUGUGUAAUAUGCCCAUUCGGGAAGGAAGGGGACUGCAUGGUCUCUGGUGUAGUCUAUCUAAUUUCGUGCAAAACAUGUGGGGACCAAUACAUUGGCGAAACAGGGCGCCCCCUUUGUAUUCGCAUUAAAGAACAUCUAAGGGGGAUGAAACAAUCGAAUGCAGCAACUCCCCUCGGAGUUCACCGCAGACAAUGUCAUGAAAACGUUCCUUUCUGCGUAGCUGUCACAAUUCUAUCGUACGAACCCGAAAUUAUAGCUCGCAGAACUUUAGAAGCGUUUUGGAUAAAUGCAAAAGGUCCAAAAAUGAAUAGAAAGGAAGAGUGCUUAGCCGUGACCAACGAGCUGGCUCUGUAUCAAGACCUUUGCGGGUUUGAUCUACGGGGUCAUAUGCGGGUCGCAUCCUAA